AUGGAAGAUUCAAUCAAACAACACCUAAUUGAGAUAGAAGAGGUUGGCAAAGUCUACCUGCCAGCAGAGGAAGAAACUGAUGAAACCCAGUUCAUAUUCAUCCUCAACACAAUCCUAAGCGGCACAGCUCGCCUUAACGUUCUUCUGCCCUCUGCCACCAUCCUCGCCUUCACCAUUUUCGCGCCUAUCCUCACCAACGAUGGCCAAUGCGAUGCCCUGAAUCGGUGGCUGAUGGCUGUCUUCUCGGCACUUUCAGCAGGGUCCUGCAUCUUCCUCUCCAUAACUGAUAGCUUUCGAACUGCCACCGGGAGGUUGUACUAUGGCGUUGCCACACGUGGAGGAAUAUGGACUUUCAAUGGAGGGAGGAAGAAACCCCUGAGGCCAUCAGAUUACAGGUUGGGAUGGGGAGAUCUCUUCCAUGGAUCACUUUCUCUGAUUGCUUUUCUCACUUUUGCAGCUUUGCACCCUGAUGCUGUGUCAUGCUACUACCCAGCAUUGCCCAGAAAGGUUAGCAACACUGCUCCUCUGGUGGUUGGAUUUGUAGUGAGUGUUCUGUUUGUGAUUUUCCCUUCAAGGAGAAGAGGAAUUGGGUACCCGUUCUUGCUGCAGAGGGACGGCUUAUACAGCAGGAAAUGAAUAUUUUAUGAUAGAGACUUUUAUAUAAAUGAUAAAGAGGUCUAUUUGUUAUUUCUGUCCCAUGGAUCAUACAUUUAUAGUCCUUCCUGAAGGUUCAAGCAAUGAACUGAUUAACAUCUCCAAGUUCCUUUAGAGUACCAUUACUAUGUUAUCUGUCCUAUACCGUAGGUAGCAAAAUGCAGUACAUAGCUACAAAGUAC